CAUCGCGGGCGGCCGUCCUACGUUUCACGGGCCUAAAUCUACAUCGUACACAAAUCGAUAUUUCAUUCAAUUUACAACACUAUAACAAGAGGAAUCACGUGCCAAAACCGACUGCAAGCCACAACAAACCGCGGUCAUAUAAAUUGAAACGGUCGGGCUAAUUAAAUCGUAUGAAUGCGUGAAAAUGUUCGCUCUAUGUUGUGAAUGGUGGGUAAUUUUCGUAGUAGAUUUUUAGUGUGACUUAUUAUGACAGUGAAUUUAAUGUAUUCAGCAGUUUGUACGAGAAAUUGAGGUUGAUACCUGAACAGGAUGAGAGGAACAAAAGUCGUUUUCCUCGUACUAUUCUUUGGACACCUUUCGGCUCUUCCGGACACGAUACGAAUAGGUGGACUCUUUCACCCUGAAGAUGAUAAGCAAGAGGUUGCAUUUCGUUACGCAGUUGAAAGAGUUAAUGCAGACCGCACCUUACUGCCGCGAGCCAAACUAUUAGCCCAAGUCGAAACGAUUUCUCCGCAGGACAGUUUUCAUGCUUCGAAACGAGUAUGUCAUCUUCUACGAAGCGGAGUUGCAGCGAUAUUCGGUCCUCAAUCAGCACCCGCUGCCGCUCACGUCCAGUCCAUAUGCGACACGAUGGAACUGCCCCACUUAGAAACCAGAUGGGACUAUCGCACACGCCGGGAAUCUUGCCUCGUAAACCUUUACCCACAUCCAGCUGCGCUCAGUAGGGCGUACGUAGAUCUUGUUAGAGCUUGGGGUUGGAAAUCUUUCACUAUAGUAUACGAAAAUAGCGAUGGGUUAGUUCGUCUGCAGGAAUUGCUCAAAGCACAUGGACCUUCAGAAUUGCCUGUAUCUGUUCGACAGCUUCCAGAUUCUCAUGACUAUAGACCCCUUCUGAAACAAAUAAAAAACUCGGCCGAGUCCCACAUUGUUCUCGACUGCGCAACCGAAAGAAUAAGGGAUGUACUCCAACAAGCACAACAAAUCGGAAUGAUGUCGGAUUACCAUAGCUACCUUAUCACAUCUUUGGAUCUUCACAGCGUAGAUUUGGAAGAGUUUAAAUACGGGGGAACAAAUAUAACUGCUUUAAGACUGCUCGACCCGGAACGAGCAGAUGUUCAAUGGGUGGUGCGAGAUUGGGUUUACGAUGAGGCAAGAAAAGGUCGAAAAUUGCAAUUAGGACACACGACAGCUAAAGAAAAUAUGACAUUUAUUAAGACAGAAACAGCCUUGAUGUAUGACGCAGUACAUUUGUUCGCGAAAGCGUUACACGAUCUCGAUACAUCUCAGCAAAUCGACGUGAGACCGCUCUCCUGUGAGGCUGAAGAUACAUGGCCCCAUGGGUAUAGCCUCAUCAAUUAUAUGAAAAUCGUCGAAAUGAAAGGACUAACCGGAGUUAUAAAGUUCGAUCACCAAGGAUUUAGAAGCGAUUUCACUUUAGAUAUAAUCGAAUUGACAAGGGACGGUCUCCAAAAAGCUGGAACUUGGAAUUCAUCUGAAGGUGUCAACUAUACGAGAUCUUACGGCGAGAACCAAAAACAGAUAGUUGAAAUUUUGCAAAAUAAGACUCUUGUAGUGACAACAAUUUUGAGUGCUCCGUAUUGUAUGAGGAAAGAAGCGAGCGAAAAGUUAACAGGCAACGCACAAUUCGAGGGCUACGCAAUAGAUCUUAUUCAUGAGAUAUCUAAAAUUCUGGGCUUCAAUUAUACAUUCAAACUGGCUCCUGACGGUCGAUACGGGUCGUACAAUCGUGAAACCAAAGAAUGGGAUGGAAUGAUUAGGGAGCUUCUCGAGCAAAGAGCAGACCUUGCCAUAGCAGAUCUCACCAUUACCUACGACAGAGAGCAAGUGGUCGAUUUCACGAUGCCAUUCAUGAACCUCGGCAUUUCAGUGCUUUACCGCAAACCAAUAAAACAGCCCCCGAACCUCUUCUCAUUUCUUUCUCCUUUAUCACUGGACGUGUGGAUUUAUAUGGCAACUGCCUAUUUAGGGGUUUCUGUGCUGCUGUUUAUAUUGGCAAGGUUCAGCCCGUACGAGUGGGACGGCCCCAGGAAUUGUCUUGACGAGCCGCCAGUGCUGGAGAACCAGUUCACUCUGUUGAACUCGCUGUGGUUCACUAUCGGAUCAUUGAUGCAGCAAGGUUCGGAUAUCGCGCCGAAAGCCGUUUCAACUCGCAUGGUGGCCGGGAUGUGGUGGUUCUUUACUUUAAUCAUGAUAUCAUCUUACACUGCCAACUUGGCUGCGUUCUUAACCGUCGAGAGAAUGGACUCGCCCAUUGAGAGCGCAGAAGAUCUCGCAAAACAAACUAAGAUCAAAUACGGAGCUUUGAAGGGAGGGUCAACUGCAGCAUUUUUCAGGGACUCAAACUUUUCAACAUACCAGCGAAUGUGGUCAUUCAUGGAAUCCGCCAGGCCAUCAGUAUUCGCAAAUACUAACAAGGAGGGAGAAGAAAGGGUGGUGAGGGGAAAGGGCGCUUACGCUUAUCUAAUGGAGUCUACGACCAUAGAAUAUGUGGUGGAAAGGAACUGUGAUCUAACGCAAGUCGGAGGGAUGCUCGACUCUAAAGGAUAUGGAAUUGCUAUGCCACCAAACUCGCCGUAUCGCACAGCCAUAAGCGGGGCUGUUUUGAAGCUUCAAGAAGAAGGAAAAUUGCACAUUCUCAAAACGAAAUGGUGGAAGGAAAAACGCGGUGGAGGUUCAUGCAGGGAUGAAACUUCCAAGUCCUCGUCAACUGCAAACGAGCUAGGUCUAGCCAACGUGGGUGGAGUUUUCGUUGUCCUCAUGGGAGGAAUGGGAGUAGCAUGCGUGAUCGCGGUUUGCGAAUUCGUAUGGAAGUCACGUAAAGUAGCCGUCGAUGAACGGAAAGAGGAGGCGUCACUAUGCUCGGAGAUGGCGUCUGAAUUGCGUUCGGCGCUCAAGUGCCCUGGUAGCGCGGGUGGGGGCAGUGGCAGCGGGGCAGCGCGGGAUGGCGCGGGUUCCCCAUACCUUCACUACGGGUUCAGUACAAAGAGCCAACUCCACUAGCAGCCGGGACCCGCCGUCUCGCCCCCCAGUGACGUCUAGACACAGUGGCUGAACGACGGCGAUGUCGUGGACACAACGUGACAACAACGGUGUUGUUUUCACGGAUUGAGCACGACGAUUUUAAUGUCUGAGUGGAACUUUGAGUUACUUUAUUAGAAUCGUAUGCUACUUCUGAAACGGUCAUCUAAUGGUUAAAACUCGUGAAUAAAAUGAACAACGAAUUGUUUUUUUUAAUACGAACAAAUAAAAUGGAAAAAAAACGAAUGAUUAAUGAUGACUAACAAUUUUGAUUUAGUCGGAUUAGAAUGUGGAAUGUUGAUUGAUUAUAGACGAUGUACAUACUUUAUUUAUUGAUGCUAUUGCUCAAAGUUGAAUAAAAGUUUCAGCUCAAAAUAAGGAGCGUUGCGAAAAUUAAAAAAAAAACAAUAAUGAGCUUACAUUUGGAAGUAAGCUGAAAAAAAUUAAAUUAAAAAGACAAUAAUAUACCCUCGAGCUCUCGACGAAAUACUUUACUACAUUGUCAAGAUAUUAAUCAUUCAGUAUUUUCAAUUCCUGAACUUUAAAAGCAACGUUCCUUAAAUUUAAUGUGACAUAUUUUUUACCACACAAUACACCAGUUGUAAAUAAUUCAUAUCUUUGUCUAGCUAAUUCUCGUGAAGUUAAAUUAAUUAUUAACACUCUAAGGAUGUUUGCAUUUUAAGAUAAUUUUACUAAAAUUCUGGUGAUAAUGCAUGCCAAAUUGAACGGUGUGCCAAAUAUAUCGUCAAGUAGAGGCUCACCUCGAGAAAUCGAUGAUUAGUAAUUAUUGGGAACGUACAUGCCUAAAAUUCAGCGUCAUAAGCGCAAUCGUUCUUAACCUUAAAUAAGUAAAUUAAUUUAGAAAUUGAUGUUUGAUAAAUUUAUUGCCAUUUAUGAAAUGCAUUACUCUAGUGAUAUCAGUAGGUUUCUAUAGAUCGCUAAAAUAUUUGAAUGUACGACUAUGAAACUUUAAUCGGCAUCUGUAAAUAAAAAAACCAAAUUGAUCAUUUUCGUAGGAAUAAAAUAUCAUAAAAUAUUGACCAGAAUAAUAUUAUAUAAUAUUAUAUGAUGAUAGUAUAAUAUUGUAAUGUUUGUAGUGUUUUUCUCGAAUUCAGUAUAAAAAUAAGGCAACACAAUAAACGAUUCAGUGUUAAUCGAAAAACUUCGGUCUAUUCUCUGUAUUAUAUUAUAUAAGUUUUCAACGAAAAUGGGUUUCAAUAAACAUACUGUUUUACUUAAA